AGAAUUUUGACACGACGAACUCAUUUAUCUCUCAUCCCCCGGAAGAGAAUUGCGUUGUUCUGUGAAAUAAUCUAAAUAAAUUGAUAAAUAUAGAUAAAUUAGUAUCAAUUUCAUUGUGAAAUAUUUGCCGAAUAGAGUGGGAGUGUCGUGAAAUUGGAAUAUUCGCGGAAAGGCGCGUGGAAAUUGGAUAAAAUUAAGAAAAUUCGACUAACCUCACUGAAGCACAUGGUGCUGAACUUGUAGAAAAUGUCAAUAAUUAGCAAAAGGACGUCUCUCACGUCCAUCCUGAAGGAUCAUUCGACUGUGUCGCGUGAUCGAGCACGUCAGGAUGCCCACAAUAAGGUGCGAUUCAGCCUGACGACGCAGAAAUCCGUCAAGGAGAUCUUCCAGAAGGCCAAUGAGGGCGACUUUGCCGACUAUGAGGAGUACAUCACGAUGAUGAAGACUUCGGCGCUGUCAGAUGAUGCCUUCCUGAACACUGUGCAGCAAUCCAGGAGAUGCAUUCCUCUGCUGCGGCCACAAUUUGCAGGAUUCGUCGAGACGCUCCUUUCGCUGAAGUGGGCACAGAGGAAUAAGGAAAUCCGGGAGGAGUUUAAGCAGUUCAUCCUGGAGCUGAUGGUGAUGCACAACAAGUAUGCGCGUAUUGGGGUGGACAAGUUGCUGUCUGUGUGGAUUCCGGAAGAGAAUGCUGCUGCGAGCUGGCCUCGAGGAACGCCAAAUGAUGACAUGAUGGAGAGAUUGAGUGAUGUCCACGAAGUUAUUGCGAAGCUCAUUGAGUUGAUCCCAAUGAUCUCCUCGCUGAUUGUUCGAGCUGUAGAUGCCCUAUUUCCCUACUUUAAGCGAUCCCCGCACAUCCUGGCUGGGUAUCUGCACAACGUUCUCUGGCUCCUCAGCUAUCAGCCAAUCUUUACGGAGGAUGUCCUACGGAUUAUUCUGAGUCAUCUGCUCAAGGUGGACGUCAAUGCACCACGGAGUGACAUUGAGGAUGCCGAGGAAGACGACGAGGAGAUGCACAACAUUUUUGAGAUGGAUGACGUGCGGCAGUGGCAGCCGGAUGAGAUGCGAUUGCAACUGGCGGAAUCUCUGGACAUUUGCCUGACUAAACUCUACGAAUACCUCGAUAGGCAAAUCACACAAAGCCCCCGAACUGCUGAGAGAACCUUCCGGACAAUUAUGAAUGCCUUUGAGACAGUCAUCCUGCCCGCCCAUAGCCCCCAUCACAUUCAAUUCUUCAUCUUCUACUGCCUCAGCCUCCGGGGGACCUUUGCAGAGACCUUCGUCAAGAACCUCUGGGACAAGGUUUGCAAUCCCAAUGUGGCCCCAGGUACGCGCCAAGUGUGCGUUUACUACAUCGCCAGCCUCCUGGCACGCGCAAAGUUCCUCCCAUUGACCCUCAUCCAGAACAUGCUCAAGGAAUUCUGCUCAUGGGCACAUCAGUACAUUGCUCGCUACGACUCCUCGCGCACAGACGCCACAAUUCGUGCCCAUGGGGUCUUCUUUGCCAUCUGUCAGGCCGUCUUCUACGUCAUAGCCUUCCGGAGUCGUGAUCUAACAGCCGGGAAACGACAACUUAUACUCCUGCAGUCCCUCCAUCUAUCUGCAAUUGUCACCUCGCCCCUCAAUCCUCUCCGUGUUUGCCUUCCUGCCGUUGCGACGGCUUUUGCAGGCGUCACACGGGCUCAUCAACUCACCUACUGCCACACAAUCCUCGAAAGGAAUGCGCGGAAAAAGUUGGCAACAGUCUACAUGAGCGAUGUGGAAAUGCCCGAAGAGACUCUGGACACAUUCUUCCCAUUCGAUCCGUAUCUUCUCAAAAAAUCAUCAAAAUACAUUGAAAAUCUCUACCUUAAGUACCAAGCAAGUGAGGAAGAGGAGAAACCAGAUGAAGACUCAGCAAGGAAGCGAAAGGACACAAUUGGGGAUGAAGAUGACUUUAUUGCAGAGAAGCGUCUCAGGACAUCCAGUGAUGCAGCCAGGAGUCCGGAGCUGCAAUUCACGUACAGCUUCUCACCGGGAUUCCACACAUAAACUCAAUGAAAUGAAUUUGGAAUAAAAUGAAUUCCCCUUGAAA